ACGAGACCAUCACUAUCCAACUUUUCCCACUUGUCUUUUUUACCCGCCUAAUAUAAAAGCAAUAUAAGCAUAAUUUCGUUAAAACUUUAUUAUUCACCAUGCGUAACAUUGAAAUUAAAGCGAAAGUACAUAAUGUGGAAGAGAUUUGUAAAAAAGCCGAAGAAUUAAGCGGUGGUCCCUGUGUUAUUAUAAAACAAGACGAUGUGUUUUACAAAGUUAACGACGGUCGUCUUAAAAUGAGGAGAUUUCCUGACUCUUCAGCAGUUCUGGUUAGAUACAGCAGAGACGAUGAAGGUGGUCCAAAACUAUGUAAUUACGAUCUAUUGGAGUUUUCAGCGGAUGAGAAUAAAAAAGCUGAAGAAUUGGAUAACAUUUUGCAGAAAUGUCUUGGUAUACGUGGUCGUGUUAUCAAAGAACGAAAACUGUAUUUAGUUGGACAAACAAGAAUUCAUAUAGACAAUGUUCAAGAUCUGGGUAAUUUUAUGGAAUUAGAAGUUGUAUUAGAACCAGAACAAACUAUAGAGGAAGGAGAGGCGAUUGCCAAAGAGUUGCAAAACAAACUUGGUGUUAAAAAUGAAGAUUUAUUAAAAGGUGCAUACAUGGAUUUAUUGGAAAGACUCUAACAUUAUUGAAAGUUAAUUGCUAGGUUCUUUUAAAUAUAAAUUAUGCAAAGUAACAAAGUGGAAUUGAACUAUAUUAUAGCUAUUUCUUAAUAAAAAUAUGAUAUUUAUUAUCUUUAUUUUUUGUUUAUGUUUGAUUUGUAUAUUAACCAUUUGAAAGGAAGCCGAGGAUGCUGUAAUAGAUACCUAGUUUUGUAAUAUUAUGUUUAUUUUAAAUGACAAUGGCUUAUAAAGGCUUGCAGCCAGAGUGUGAGGUCAUUAGCUAGUUAAUUAUUUAUGAAAUAAAGAGCAGCAAGCA